UUGUCCUUAUGCUUCUUAUCUCCAUUAACAUUCCAAAAUUGGUCCCAAGAAACACAAACACAAAGCACAAAAAUCAAAGAUGGGUUGCAAUGGCUCAAAAUCUUAUGAACCAGAACCUUAUUCCAGAGAAACCUCCAUGGCUCCUUCAGGUUAUUCUGAACAAUUCUCAUCAAGGCCUAAAACCAAGGGCCUCACACAUGAAAUCUUGAUGCAGAUCCCAGUAUGCAGAGUUCAUCUGAUGGAUGAAGGAGAAGCUCUUGAGCUGGCUCAAGGCCAGUUUAUGAUCAUCAAAAUCAUGGAUGAUAGUGUGUCUCUAGCCACCAUCAUAAGAGUUGGAAAUGAACUUCAGUGGCCUUUGACGAAAGACGAGCCGGUGGUGAAGAUGGAUGCACUCCAUUACCUAUUCACCUUGCCUGUGAAAGAUGGUGGUGAGCCCCUCAGCUAUGGAGUAACUUUUCCGGAGCAGUGCCUUGGGAGUAUGGAGUCCCUGGAUUCUUUUUUGAAGGAGCACUCUUGCUUUUCUGGAUUGAAAUGGAGUAAGGAGAAGAAUGGUGAUCUUGAUUGGAAGGAGUUUGCUCCAAAAGUUGAAGAUUACAAUCACUUUCUUGCCAAGGCAAUUGCUGGAGGGACUGGUCAGAUUGUUAAGGGUAUCUUCAUGUGCAGUAAUGCUUACACCAACCAGGUCCACAAAGGAGGAGAAAGCAUCCUAAGCAGUGGUGGAGAUAAGAGAAAUGGUGGCAUGAGCAUCAAGUCUGAUGAUGGAACAAAGAAUGGGAAGAUGAAUGAAAACCUUAAACGGGUGAGAAAACUGUCGAAUAUGACAGAAAAGUUAAGCAAAUCAGUGCUUGAUGGAGUUGGAAUAAUGAGUGGAUCAGUGAUGGCACCAGUCGUCAAAUCGCAACCUGGACAAGCGUUUCUCAGGAUGCUUCCUGGAGAAGUUUUGUUGGCCUCCCUUGAUGCAGUCAACAAAGUUUUUGAAGCAGCUGAAGCUGCUGAAAAACAGACUCUUUCUGCCACCUCCCAAGCUGCAACCAGAAUGGUUUCCAAUAGGUAUGGAGAAGAAGCAGGUGAGGCUACAGAGCAUGUGUUUGCAACUGCAGGACAUGCUGCUAACACUGCUUGGAAUGUGGCUAAGAUACGGAAGGCCAUUAAUCCAGCUUCAUCAGCAGCCACAAAAGGGGCACUGAGGAAUGCUGCCAAGACUAAUCCAAGUGUUAGAUAUUAAAAUCCAACUAUCCUCUUUUGUGUUUGGCGACGGUUAAUGCAUAAUCUUUUUACUUGUACAUAGGUGUAUUGAUUAGCCCUAAGCUUACUUUGCAAGAAUCAAUUUGAUGAAGGAGAAAUUCAUUGUUUGAUAGAAC